GAGCAGAAGGAUCUGAUGAAUUCCUCUUCUGUUCUCCCUCAAAAGCAUGCAAAAGAUGAGGAAACGAUCGCACUUCAGUCGGAACUGGAGGCUGUGGAGAAGCAGAUCCAGGAUCUACUAGAGAAGCAGCACGGCUGCGAGAACGAAAAACGGCGCUGGAAACAUCCAGAGCCGACGCUCGCAAAUCCGCGAGCCCAGGCUUCGAGAACACGGUCAGCCCAAAUGAACUUCACUCCUGCACCGGCACACCCACGGCGAAAGGCGCGAGCCAGGACUGGAGCGAUGACCCAACCGCCGCCACCGGUCUUCGAGAUCCCGACCAGGAACCGCUUUGCCGCCCUCUGCGAGACGGAAUGCAACGCUGUGGUCAUCGGAGACUCAAUCGUCCGGAACGUACGCGCUUCCUCCACUAAAGGUAAGGUGCACACUCAUUGUUUUCCUGGCGCCCGUGUUCUUGAUGUCUCUGCGCAGGUACCUGCGAUCCUGAAGGACGAUGCUAACGUCGGAGCUGUCGUGCUGCACGCGGGGGUGAAUGACGUCAGGAUGAGGCAGUCGGAGAUCCUGAAGAGGGACUUCAGGAGUCUGAUCGAGACGGUACGCAACGCAUCGCCCACGGCGAGGAUCAUCGUAUCAGGGCCGCUUCCUACCUACCGACGAGGGAAUGAAAAGUUCAGUAGACUAUUUGCUCUAAAUAAAUGGUUGAUGUCAUGGUGUAUUGAACAGAAGCUGCUCUUUGUUGAUAAUUUUGAUCUGUUCUGGGAGCGACCUAGGCUCUUCCGCCCUGACGGCCUGCACCCCAGCAGCAUCGGAGCGGUUCUUCUGUCUGACAACAUCUCAAAGACGCUACGCACCGCUUGACUACGUCUCCCAGCGGUAAGUCAAAACUUCAACCAUAGUCUGUGUUCCUCCCACUCAUCUGUUAGAAAUGUUACUGCUUCCAAAUGCAUAGAGACUGUGUCUGUCCCCCGAAUAAUACUACAAAAUAACAAAAUAGCCAAAUCUCAGAGAAAAAAUCUAAUCGUGAUUAAACCUGAGGACAAUGUAAUAAACGACCAAAACAAACUCAUAAAGUUCGGCCUACUUAAUAUUAGAUCACUAAAUUCAAAAGCAGUUAUUGUAAAUGAAAUGAUCACAGACAACAGUUUUGAUAUACUUUGCCUUACCGAAACCUGGCUUAAACCAAAUGAUUAUUACGGUCUAAAUGAGUGUACCCACCAAGCUACUGUUAUAUGCAUGAGCCACGUCCGGUUGGUCGAGGUGGCGGUGUCGCAACAAUCUUUAGAGACUUUCUUACUGUAACUCAGAGAACGGAGCAUAAAUUUAAAUCAUUUGAAGUGCUUGCGUUGAACAUAAUUGUUCCAAUUGACAGUAAAAAACAUUGCUUUCUUGUACGUUGGCUACAGUGUAUAGACCCCCUGGUCCCUACACUGAUUUUCUGAAAGAGUUUGCGGACUUCCUAUCGGACCUAUUGGUUAACGUUGAUAAAGUACUAAUUGUCGGAGACUUUAAUAUCCACGUAGAUAGUGCUAACGAUGCAUUAGCAGUGGCGUUUACAGAGCUAUUACACUCUUUUGGAGUAACACAACACAUCAAUGGACCCACUCAUCGAUUUAAUCAUACACUAGACUUGAUUAUAUCUCACGGAGCCGAUCUAACCAAUAUAGAUAUUAUACCUCAAAGCGACGAUGUCACUGAUCACUAUCUUAUAACAUGUACACUGCGCACUGCAGAAAUCAGCCGUUUAACUCGUUAUCGACAGGGUAGAACAAUUACCUCAACUACUAAAGAUAGUUUCGCAAAGAGCUUGCCAGAUCUGACUCCUUUAAUAACCAUACCAAUAAAUAUAGAAUCGCUCGAUGACAUGACCAGCAAAUUGGGCACUAUUUUCUCUAAUACAUUAGAAGCUGUCGCACCUAUGAAGUCAAAAAAGAUUAAUGAGAAAAACGCAGCACCAUGGUACAAUAGCACCACUCGCGCCCUUAAAAGAGAAACACGUAAACUGGAGCGCAAAUGGAAACAAACCCAAUUAGAGGUCUUUAAAAUUGCGUGGAAAGAGAGUGCAAACUGUUAUAAAAAGGCACUAAAAGCAGCAAAGGCUGAGCACCUUCGUAACCUCAUAGAAACUAACAAAAACAAUCCAAGGUUUUU